GUAGUCAGUUCAGUUCGUAUCGACGCCAGGCACCGCGCGCGUCUGUAUUCGGCGUCGGCUCUCGCCAGGACACGAAAAACGUUAUCCUGUCACAAAAAUCCUCCAAUUGCUCGUACUUCGGGACUGUUUACGUUCUAACGUGAUGUAGAGUUUGUUUACGAGACUGCCCAGUGUGUAAUAUCGGUCCAAACUAUCGUGAAUGUUAAAAUGUAGGUUAGAAUGUCGCUGUAAUCAACCGGCAAGUUGAUCUUUGCCUCUGUCUAGUUGUAUAAUCGAAGGUUAGGUGUACGAAAAACUGGUACGUCCUUUUAUUUGGUUUCUAUGCUAAAUUUCAAUAAUCAAGCAAAAUGGAUAUUGGCGACUAAUGAAUUAAUAUCUGCCAAAUCUGGCUUCCACAUUGUCAAGGAGAACUCACCCUGGAUCCAAAUCCUCUAUGACAGAUGAUCUUAUCACAGAAACUCCCAGUAGAAAACGGCGUACCUUCUCAGCCGCCAUGAUCCGGCUGUUGGGUACACGACUUUUCACUCGUCUUUUGUUAUUAGUGUGCUCUUUGAGCCUCCUCAGUUUGUUGUUCCUAAGCCGGUGCGGAUUUCAUGGCCUCGACGCUACUCCCAACGCAGCCAACUCUCCCAACUCCGCUCUGGAUCCUCAGGACCCCGCCGACGUCCAGCCCGACGCUCAGGCCGCUUUUCUCGAUGGUUCCACAAUGAUUGGCGGGGCACCGCAAGAUAUUAGCAGCAUCCAAUCUCAGCAGGAAAACAGCAACUCAUUGCAGCAACUUCUUCAGCAGCGCGAAGAAGAAACGAGACAGGAAAUUGAAAGACUGACAGCCGAAAUAAGGGCGCUGAAACUUCAACUUCUUCAAUAUACUAACAGUGGAACCAACAGUCUUCAAGCCCCUCGGCAGGCGAGUUCUUCCAUAAGCUUUAACUCUUCCACCAACCCCACAAUCACCAACGCAGAAUGCUCCAAUUAUAUACGAAAGCAGAUCAUGCAAGCUGAAAUCUUCCGUGGAACGCCACUCAACAACGAAUACGAACUGAUUCCAUACAAUCAUUUCACUUACAGCAGGGUAUACCCAAUCGAUUUAGGCCUAGGUAAACGAGUAGUAGAGAAACCCAUAGGAUACAAAAGGAAGGAUCUUCUAGAGGCGUUAAUGAAGGGCUUGGAGAUUUUAAAUAAGAACGUUACGGAAAAAAUGUCGAGGUACACACUGGACGAUUUCCUAGAGGGACUAUACAGGGUGGAACCCACAACAGGGACUCAGUACGAGUUGUAUUUUAGGACUAAAGUGUCGGGUUUUACAAAAGUUAUCAUAAUGCGACCGUUUGCUCCCCUACAAACUAUCAAUACCGUCAGUCUGACAGGUCCAAAAGAAAAAGAACUCAUUCAUAUUAUCCUCCCGUUAUCAGGCAGAACGGCGACUUUCCAGAGCUUCAUGGAUAAGUUCGUCAAGAUAGGUUUGAAGAAUGAUCGUAGGGUGCACCUCACAGUAGUUUACUUCGGGGAAGAGGGUCUUUCAGAAGCCAGAUCUAUCAUGUCGCGAGUGCUGAUGACCAAGAACAGUGGAGGGAAUCCAAACAACCUAAGACUGUUAGCCCUUAACGAGACAUUCUCCAGGGGUAAAGGUCUUCGCGUCGGGGCCGAACGCACCUGGGACUUGGAGAAGAGCAAAGACUCAAGCAAAGACGUUCUUCUGUUUAUGUGUGAUGUGGAUGUAGUGUUUAGUGCCAGGUUUCUGGACAGGUGUCGGUGGAACACUCAGUCUGGCAAGAAAGUCUACUACCCCGUUGUGUUUAGUUUGUACAAUCCCCACGUAGUGUAUACGCUGCAAGGUAGAGAUGUUCCUCCAGAAAACGACCAGUUGGUGAUUUCGAGGGAUACUGGAUUUUGGAGGGACUUUGGAUAUGGGAUGACGUGUCAGUAUCGGUCAGAUUUUUUGAAGGUGCGUGGCUUCGACGAAGACAUCGUCGGAUGGGGCGGGGAAGAUGUUAUGCUGUACAGAAAAUAUGUUAGAAGUAAUAUGAAGGUUAUUCGAGCCACGGAUCCUGGGAUUUUCCACAUUUGGCAUCCAAAAGUUUGUUCAGGCAGUCCAGGUGGCCAAAAGCUAUCCGCUGAUCAAUACAGAGCCUGCAUCAGAUCCCGCGCACUAAACGAAGCCUCGCACGCCCAACUAGGCUUCCUGGCGUUUAGGGACGACAUCGCUGCGAACAGCAGUCCAGCGAAGUACAACCCACACCAAAUCAAGACCUUGAAGACAGCACCAAAGAAACUGAGGACUCAAACGUAAAUUGAUUACUAAUCUAUUGAUGGUUAGGUAAUGUAUACGAGAAAUUUGUGAUUUUUUUAAGUACAACAAAUUUGCCUAAUAGUUUUUUUUGAGUGAAGAUAUUAGGUCUGGCUCCCGCGUAUGAAAAAAAAGUUGAAAAAUAGCAAGCUGAAAAUUUGUUAAUAGCUUAAGGGUGUCUAGUCGGACAAACUUUGAUAUAGGGGAACACUGGAACAGGGGAAGUUGAAACGGUCAGACCACGAAAACGGCACAUUUAUUUUGUCCGACAGAACAGACUUGAACUCUCCGAACAGAGAUUAAACUCUCAUGCAAAAAUCAGACUGCUAUUUAGCACCAAAUGGGCGUUUUAAUGAGUGGAACAUGUAGAAUAUGUUAAAUGACAGGAAUUAUGACAGGUGAUAAAUAGCAGUCUGAUUUUUACAUGAGAGUUUAAUCUCUGUUCGGAGAGUUUAAGUCUGUUCUGUCGGACUAAAUGAAUGUGCCGCUUUCGUGGUCUGACCGUUCCAAAUUUUUAACCUGUUCCACAAUUAAAACUGUCCCUGUUCCAGUGGUCUUAUAUAUCAAAGUUUAUCUGACUAGACACCCUUAAGCUAUUAACAAAUUGUCAGCUUGCUAUUAAUCAACUUUUUUUUCAUACGCGGGAUCCAGACCUAUAUGGUUUAAAAUUGAUUAUCAUAAAUUUCCUGUAUACAUUUAUUAUUGACAACAAUUUUAUUAUGGUGCUUAUCAAGAAUAUUUGAGUUAUAAAUUGAAGAAGUAUAGUGUGUUUUAAACGAGCACCAAAAUGGCCACGAAUAAAAUCGUAGAAAAGAUUUAUUCUUUUCUAAAAUAAAGUUUUCAAAGUUCUCUGUUCAUACUUUCGCUCUUUUUUUGGGCGGACUUUCUUUUUUUUGCGAUGUUAUUACUGUACCACUUUUUGCAUUUCCCCAAUCUGACUCGGGUUUGAAACUAAUUUAAUAUUUAUCCCGAUAUACAUAUUGUUACACUUGUUUUAAUAAUUUUUCAUUCAUUCUGAUUUUAGUGAACACUUCUUUCCAUAUUUCCAAAUUAUUGAAGUACUUUUUCAGUUUUUGCAAUUACAUAGCACCAAAUUGCCAGUAAACACUUCUUUCAUAAUUUCUGCCCUUUGCAGAUUUCUAUACCCUACUUUCAACUUUUUACUCCUUGUUGCGCAUUUAUUUAUAAUAUUUUAAAAAUAGUGUUGAGCUACGUGCCAUUUAUUGUAAACGUAUCUAAUGCUGAAUUAUUUUAUUACUAAUUACGGCACUGUUGUUUUCAUUGUAUAUUUUUUGUAUCAUUUUUAGUUACUUGUUAUCCACUCCUUUUUCUCUUAAUAUUUUCCACAGUUUCUUUCUUGGUACUUAAUUGAAGGCUCUUUCUAGGUCAAGAAAUGCUAAGUAUGUUUUCUGUUUCUUUUGCAGCGUGUUUCGUGUUAUCUCUUUUAAAUAUAUGAUUCUGUAUAAUCCUACUACUUCCAAAUCCACUAUGUUGUUCAUCUAAUGUGUGUUCCGUGAUUAUUCUUAAUCGUUUUUUAUUAUCUUUUCUAUAUUUUUUUAUAUUUAUAAAGACUUUUAUAUAUUACAUAGCAACGUCCUCGGUAGUUAUUACAUUUUCUCCUACCUCCUUUAUAUGAGUACUAUUAGUGACACUUUCCAAUUUUCCGGAAUUUUCUCUCCAAUAUUUUUUCUCCAUUUUUAUCCAUGUUUUUUAUAAUUUCUGCUGUUAUUCUAUUCACUACAUAUGCUUUUUAAUACUUCGUCAUUUUUAUUGCUCCUUCUAGUUCUUCCUACUACUUUAUUGAGCUUUCUGCAUUAUCUUCCAAUAUAAUAUUUUGUUUUUUAUUAUUGUAAUUUUGUUUUAUAUCCAUUGAUAGUUCUUUUUAUGUAGUUGUUAUCUUUUAACUCUUUGUUGUGUUUCUGUUGUUUUUUCUUUUCGUCAUGUUUUUUUCCUAUCGUUUUCAGGGUUCUGUAAACCCUUUCGAAGGUUUGGUUUACUUGUUUCUCAUAUAUUUUUACCAUUUCUUUAUUUCGUACCUUCUAUGUUUUUAUCGUCUCUCUUUAAUUGGUUUUACUUUGCUGUACUAGACUUUUUCUUCUUUUUUAUUUGUUUUUAUAUCUUAGUUGCUAUCAUGUAAUGGUCGCUGCCUAUUUCAGAUUCUCUGUGUACUUUUUUAUCCAUUGCUUUUCUUAUAUCAUUGCUUUCAACUAGUACAUAUUUAAUCAAUAAUGGAGUUCUAAUUUUGGAUUUGAUUAUAUUAUUUUGUUAUCUUCUUUAAAGAACAAAAUUCUAGUAAUUUCUUUCCAUUUCUGGUCGUUUCUGGCCAUUUCUUUAAAACUUUAUCUCUUGCCUUUAUCUAUCAUUUUCUUUAUUGUUUACGAAGACCUUAUUUUGCGAUUCUUACCUACAAUUUGUCACAAAGUAAUUUAUGGUUAAGAAAACAAAUGAAUACCAUGUUCGUAAUAAAAAUUCCUAGUGUAUUUUAAAACACACUAUAUUUUUCAUAACUUUGUACCUAGUAGCAAAGAAGAUACUUACCCCUUGUGAUUUUGAAUGCCGAAAUUCCAAAAUAACUUUUGUGAUUUUUAUUGUUGUGUUUUGUUAUGUUGAUUAACAGUUUAUUUUUUUGUUAUUAUUAUAAAUGCUUGAGGGAUUUCAUAGCUACGCAUGAUAAACUGUUUGUUAACGAUGACGAAUAUGAACAAGCGGAGAAAAUAACAUUUUGCGAUAUCCUUUUAAUUAGUUAGGUAAAAAUAUUAAUUUAUUCUUAAAUUUUUUUUUUGGGUUACCUACUGAUUUUUAAAUUUUUUACAUAACUUUGAUAGUUCAUGUUAUGUUCUGCCUUGCCAUCACCAGCAUAUACCAAAGAUUAUAAUACGCGGAUUCAAAUAAAUUUUAUUAUUAACCGUUUAUAUAAGACAAACAAAGAUUUAAAAAACUGACUAAAAAACAACAAAAGUAGCAACUUCUAUAGCACAAUCUUCAAAGACGCGAAUAUAAGAACAGCAUCUGAAAAAACCUAAACAGGAAUAUUACAAAAAAAUAGAAAACAAACAAAAAGGCGUUGACAGAAUGAGGGAAAGUCAGAAAAAACUCUUACAUCAGACAUUACUAACAUUUUAAACAACUACAGUACAGGAAAAUGCAAGGAAAAGAAGAAAGCUUACCUAAAGAUCAUGUCAUAUACAACAGGUGUACGAAGAUUACAAAACAAUGAGAAAUGUAACACAUGCAUUUGUAAGAAGAUUUUAAAACGGGUAUCGUUCCGAACGCUCCUCAAAAUAAUGGAGCUUAAUCUUUAUGAUUUACAAAUUACAUAGGUAUAUGACCUUCAAUAAGAAAUCAAAAAAGGAGACAAAUCGGACCCGGAGAAUUACAGGGGAAUUAACUUAUUAAACACAACAUUAAAAUUAACAACCCAAGUGAUAACAAACAAAUUGAAUGAAAUUAUACCAUUAGCAGAAGAACAACAAGGUUUUAAGUCGGGAAGGUCAUGCACUGACGCUAUAUUGAUAAUGAGGCAAGUUCAAUAGAAAUCAUUGGAAUACAAUAAACCGACAUAUUUAUGUUUUGUGGACCUUAAGAAAGCAUUUGACAGGGUCACAUUAAAGGACGUUUUCCAUUUGUUAUACUAGAGAGUUGUACCUCUAGCAAUAAUUAAAACGAUCAAAAACAUCUACCAGAACAACACAAUAAAAGUACAAGUGGAAGAUGAACUAACUGAUCCAAUUGAAGCCGGCAAUGGGAUAAGACAGGUGGAUUCCUUGAGUCCUUUAUUGUUCAACCUGAUCAUGGACGAAAUAAUAAAAAAAGUAAGAACUAAAAAAGGAUACCAAGUGGAACAAAAACAACUUAAAAUAAUCUGAUUUGCGGACGAUGCAAUACUAAUCUCUCAAAGUGAAGAUGAUAUACAAAGUAUGCUGCACCAAUUCAACAUAAUCGCCAGAAAAUUUAACAUGUUAAUUUCCUCACAAAAGAAAAAAUGCAUGGUUAUAACAGCAGAUCCAAUAAGAUGUAAGUUGGAGAUGGAAGUUCAGAUAAUAGAACAAGUGAUGGAGUUUAAAUAUCUAGGCAUCGCACUAUCUAGCUACGGAGGGCUCGAAACAGAAGUGGAAGUCAAGCGAAUAGAGCAAACAGAGCCGCAGGCUGCCUGAAUAACACAAUAUGGAGAUAUAAAAAUCUCGGAAAAGAAAUGAAAGGCAGAAUUUACAAAACAGUCAUCAGACCAAUAAUGACAUACGCGGCAGAAACACAACCCGACACAGAGAGGACAAAAAAUUGCUCGAAACAGCGGAGAUGAAAACCCUUCGAAAAAUCGAUGGUCAGAUUCUAUGGGACAGAGCUAGAAGUACAGAUAUACGACGGAGAUGCAAGGUGUAUAACAUUAAUAACUGAGUAAUAAACAGAAGAAUAGAAUGGAAUGACCACACAAGCCGAAUGACAACAAAUAGGGUAGUCAGGACAGCGAGAGACGGUUCCCCAAUAGGAAGACGAUCAGUGGGAAGACCACGAAAACAAUGGAACGACAACUUACUAGAGGCACAUUGAAAAAACAGACAGAGUCAUGUCUAUACAAAAAGAAGAAGAAGAAAAAGAAUAAGAAAUCAAAAAGCGGAGCUGAAGAAAUUAAUAGACCCGCAACUCAUCUAAAAGGAUGCACGUAUUGACUAUCUAACAAAGCUAUAUACAAAGGAACAACAAAUGACUUUGGAACCACAAACACCAGAUAUUACUCCAAACAAAAAAUUUAGAUCCAUAAGAAAGCAUGAAGUACAAAAUACGUGUAAAGAGAAAAGAACAGAACAUGAAUAAUUGGUGAAAGGUGGUGAAGCAGCCAUCACCGAUGAGCAACAAGGUUUCAGUACAUGAAGGUCGUGUACAGAUUCAAUGUUCGUUAUAAAACAGGUUAUACAGAACGCAUUAGCAUACAAUACACCUGUGUUCCUAUGUUUCAUUGCCUUGAAGAAGGCAUUUUACAGAGAACGACUUGAUAAUGUUUAACAAAACAAUAAGAUGGAAAUCAGAAUAGAUGGACAACUUACGGAGCUAAUAGAUACAGGCAAUCGAAUAAUACAGAGGAAUUCACAAGCACUAUGUUAUUCAACAUAAUCAUGGAUUCUCCCAAUAUUUUGAAACGUGGAUUUAUAUAGUGCAUUAUACAGGGUGUCCAGAAACUCUACCGACAAACGGAGACAGGAGAUUCUUUAGAUAAUUUUAAGAUAAUUUAAGCCAAUUCACUUAGUCCGAAAAUGCUUCCUAAGGGAGCUAGAGCUCUUUGAAGAUGGCGUCUUGUAAUUAGUUUUUCUUAAAUACCUCCAGAACGCGUCUAUUUAGAAAAACAAAAAUUGGUACGCCUAUUUAUCUACAAGAUAUAAAUCUAAUCCAUCCAUUGCAAAUUUCUAGUACCGAUCAUAGGCGUCCGUUUUGGGCAGGGCAACGGUUAUUUUAUCGCAUAACUUUUUUAUCUUUAACUUUUAUGCAUUUCUGAUACUGGAUUAUGAAAUUGUGAAGUAUUCUAGUACUAAAAGAUACUCUUGUUUUAAAUCGGUAGGACACACCGUUUUCUAGAAAAAUCGAUUUCAAAAUUUUCCGCUUUUUAAAUAAAAAAAAAUCAAAACAAAAACUGUUUGGAAAGACGAAAACUGGUACAUUUAUUUAUAUUCCAAAGAUAAAUCGAUUUCAUUAAUUGCGAAUUUCUAGUACUGGUCAUAGGCAUCCGUUUUGGGUAGGCCAACAGUUAUUUUAUAGCAUAACUUUAUUGUCUUGAAUUUUGGAGCAUUUUUGACACUAGAUUAUUAAAUUAUGAGGUAUUCGAGUACUAAAAGUUACUCUUACUUUAGGUUUAUAAAAUACUUCGUUCUUUCAAUUUUUUUUCAAACUCCAACAAUGAAAAACUUUAAAAUCGAUUUUUCUAGAAAACGGUGUGUCCUACCGACUUAAAACAAGAGUACCUUUUAGUACUAGAAUAUCUCACAAUUUAAUAAUCCGAUGUCAAAAAUGUAUAAAAGUUAAGGACAAAAAAGUUAUGCGAUAAAAUACCCGUUGCUCUACCCAAAACGGACGCCUAUGACCGAUACUAGAAAUUUGCAAUGGAUGGAAUCGAUUCAUCUCUGAAAAGUAAAUAUGCAUACCAAUUUUCGUUUUUCUAAAUGAAAGCGUUCUGGAGGUAUUUGAGAAAAACUAAUUUCAUGACGCCAUCUUCAAAGAGCUCUAUCUCCCUUAAGAAGCAUUUUCGGACUAGGUGAAUUGGGUUAAAUUGUCUUAAAAUUAUCUGAGGAAUCUCCUGUCUUCGUUUGUCAGUAGAGUUUCUGGACACCCUGUAUAUUUGCAUUAAAAUUAUUUGCAUUAUAAUUCUUCUUGGAAACUUUUCAGAAGCAGUCGAUCACAGAAAAAUCUUUGUUCAAUAUAUCUGUAAGCGUUGUUUUUUCAUGUGAGGAGAACCAUCAAGAACCAAAAUCAGCCAGUGUUUGAUGUAUACUGAGACAGAAUAUAGUGACUUUUACCUGACUAAGUCCGAAAAUACCCAACUAAAGACGAUAUACUACUGAGUUAUUUUAUCCCUAUAUAAUUUGGAGCCGCAUUUAUCAAUACAUAUUUUUUUAAUUAUUCUUGGAAUCCGUAUUACUCCGCAGUAUUGAAAAGGUUAAUACAUCAAUCACCAUUCCCUUAGUUAAUUAUACAACGUAGAAAUGAAAUCCUUUCAAGAAAUGUUGACAUGGCCACAUCGAAUCUCAUCUUUAAAGUAAGGGAAUUUUAUAAAAUAUAAUUUUUGGGAAAUGGAUUUUUAGAAAAAUGCUUGUAUUUAUAUUGCCAUACGAAUUUUAGGUGGAAGGAAAUUAUUUUGAACCAUGUUUUAUUGGUAAAGUUUGCUAAUUUUUAGCAGAUAAAACAGUAUUAUUUGUUGUUUUAUGUUUUUGAAAUUUAAAUAUAAAUAAUAUGUUGUGUUAUAAUCAGAUAAAGUGCUGCCUGUUUAACAUUUCGAAUUAAAAUAAUUUCUUUCCGUGGUGUAUGAAUGUUUAAAAGAAAUUUUAAAGCAGUCGUUUGAUAGAAUGAAAGAUUCUUAUAUCAAUAAUACCUAAAUAUUACUAGAAACAUGUGAGCCAAUUUUUUAAAAUAAAUUAUAUAAACUC